GUUUUGUGCGCUUUAAAUUUUUUGUUUUUUAAUUUAAAUCAGUGUGUAUAGUGGCAUUUCCUUACAUACUUUUUACAAGAUUGACGAUUUCCGAUGGAAAAUACAAUAAUUACAUCAAAAUAUCUUCAUAAGAAGUUCAAGAAAUCAACGCCAACAAUUAUUGUAACAACUGAACAACAACAAAAUACACCAACAAGCACAGAACAAACACAAACAAAUAACAACAAUAAAUUAACAAACAACAAUAGUGUAACAAUACCACAACAAUUAAAAAGUAACAAUAAUGAAUAUAAUAAUAGUGAAAUAAACAAAGAAGUUCCUGUAACAAUAUAUAAGAAUGAACAUAAUGAAAAUAGUGUUAUUAUAAAUAGUAGUACAAAUAAUAGUGUAAUAUUAAAUAAAAAUGACCAAGUGGCUUCCAUAUCAACAAACAACUCCUCUUUUGUAGACUCUGUACCUUUUACACCUUCUUCGCAACCAAUUAAAUUUCCUCUUCUGUCUUCCUCAACAACAUCAUCGAGUAGUAUUUAUAAUAGUGAAAAAUUAGACCAAUUAAAUUCUCAUCAUCAACAGGACAUAUCAAAUCCGAUUGAAAAAAAUGGUAUUACAUUGAAAUGGGAAUUAUCGUCUUCCACAAAUCCAUCAAAUCACACAAAUUCACCAACAUCUCCAUCAACAGUAACAAUUAGUAUACCUGCAGAUAGAUUACCAUACAUACAAGCUUCGAACACGACACCCAUCAAUGAGACUGAUAAUAAAAAAUCUGAACCAAAUCAAGGUGGUAAAUAUGUGUGUUCGUAUUGUAAUCUAUCAUGUUCGAAACCAAGUGUUUUAGAAAAACAUAUACGGGCCCACACGAACGAACGCCCUUAUCCUUGCGACAUAUGUGGUAUUAGUUUUAAAACACGAUCAAAUCUAUACAAACAUUUUCGUUCACGAUCACAUGCGAAUCGUAUCAAAGAUACCUCCGAUACAAUGCCACCCCAACCCACAUCGUUACCCCCUACAUCCAUAACUAUUUCAACUUCGACUUCAUCUUCAUCGAAUAAUCAACAACAAGAUGAUAAUAAUAAAUUAAUACCAAAAUCAAAACCGUAUAAACCGAAAUUUCGACAUUCAACGUAUUUAUAUGAACAACAAAAUUCAACAGCGGCGGCUGAGAAUGAUAAUAAUGAAAAUAAGGAGAAGGAUUUAGAAAAUAAGAAAAAAUUAGAUAUUAAAAAUGAUUUAAAACAAAAUACCGAUCUAUUAAAACAGCAUAUUAAUAAUAUUAUUCAUAAAAACCAAACGAUUUUAGAUGUAAACGAACCAAAUAUAUUAAAAAAACGAUUUUUAUAUCAAAUCGAAAAUAAUGAACAUGAAAAGAAGAAUUCAUAUGAAAAUAAUGAUGAACCGUUAAAUUUAACAGCAUCACGUUCGAAUACAGCUCAAAAUCAAAAUCGGAAACGUUGUAUGAGUGAAACCGCUGAACAUAGUCCAACGAGUUUAAUUAAAGAAUUGUUAUUAAAGAAUUUAACACAAGAUAAAAGUUAUGUAUGUCAAUUUUGUAAAAUAUCAUUCAAAAAUAUUGAAAAUUUUGAGAUACAUCGUAAAAAAUAUUGUAAAGUUGGUGAAAAUCCAACAUCGAAAGAUAUUGCUCUAGUUCGUAGUCAUUCGGUUAAUGUUGCAUCGGUUUUAACACAAAAAUAUUCACGUAAUAAUGAAUCCCCAUCAAAAUUUGUACGUACAACUUUACCAUUAAAAUCACCGGGACCAUAUUUAGGAAAAACUAGUUUAAUUGGUGAUAAACCGAAUCAAGUAUUUUAUGAAAAUCGUAAUCCAACUAAAAUACAUCAUGCGGCUAUUGCCACAAGCGCUCCUUUAUCAAUAUCUACGGAUAAUUUACGUAAAAUUGAUUUAUAUACGAAUCAACCAUUAAAAAUUGACAUAAAAAAACCAGAGAAACGUAAUUAUGAAGAAUUUCAAAUGAGUUAUAGUCCAACUAGUCGUAAACCACAGCAAACUCCAAUAAAAUUAUUCGGGGGUGAAGUUAAAAUCACAGAAACAUCAGGGGAGACACGAAGUUUUAAAAUUGAUUCAAAUAAACCUAACGAAUUUGUAUCAUCACAAUCAACCCAACAUGUUAAUAGCACAACUUACAGUGGAUGUAAAGUUAGUGAAAAUAUGGUGAUUAAAUCUACGUUACAAUCGGGAGGAACUAUGUUACAAAAUAACUCAUCAAAUUACGAUAUAAAAUCAUCACCGUUUACACCAAAACUAGAUGAAAAAUCACCAAUUUUUCAAUUUCAAUAUAAUGAUAGUAAUAAAUUUUCUGAAAAUUCAUCACCGAGAAAAAUCAUUUAUAGUGGAGAUAAUGUUAAAAAAGAGCAAUCGCGUUUUACAUUUGAUGAGCCUUCUUCAAGUACAACUGAAAUGAUUUACGAUCAACGAUUAAUUGAUUUUAAUCAAAAAAAUGCAAAAAUGUUUGCGCCAACAAUUAAACAACCAAAUUUAACGAUACCUGGUCUACCGGUACCAAAUAAAAUGUUUACAUCACCAAAAAAGAGUUAUAACGAUGAUCAAAUGUCACCAAGUUGGCCGUUUAAUAAUUUUAGCGAACCAAUUAAACAAUAUUCUCCGACUGUGAAAUAUCGCCAAGAAAUGCCAACACCAUCACCUGUCGAAUUGUUAUCACCGAAGGUUGAUUUAAAAAAAAUUGAACCAAAAUUUCGCCAUGAGCUGUAUUCACCGAAUCCAAUAAAAUUACCCCCUGAAACCGAUAAACGAAAUUCACCUGGAUUACGAUUAUACGAUCCGUUAAAUAUACUUAUAAAUGGAAAAUUAGUAAGAUACGUUCCUGGUAUGCCAGGUCCAGAUACUGGCAAUCCUAUUCAAGUUGGAUUCAUGGAACCACCCCCGAUUAUUGCUACACAAUUAUCACCAAAAAUAAUUCGUACAUCACCAGUUGCACCCAGAAAUUAUGAACCAAAUAUCGAUACGCCAAAAAGUUUACCAUUCUCUCCACAAGCGUUAUCUCCAAGCUUAAAAUUACCAUUACGAUCAAGUCCAAAUGUAAUACAAUACAACGAAACUUUAAGCCCACGGCAAAGUCCAGUUAUAGUUGAAAAGAAAUUAGAAACAAAACCUUCGUUGAAGAAUUUUCGUAUAUUCUCGGAGAAUUCAAUAAAAACUUUAAAAAGUGUUGAAAACAUUGAGAAAUCUGAAAAUAGCGAAAGUAUACCACCACCUCCUCCUCCUCCGGUGACUAACGUAAUUCCGAGUAUAUCAACGACACCAGUUUCAACGCCAACUACGUCAGAAUCAUUGGAUGUGAAAUCGGAAAGUAAUGAAUCAAAACCAAAUAAAUUUUUACGACCGAAUAGUUUAGCGUUAAAACCGUACAUUAAAACACAUCAUGGAUUAACGCCAACGAUAUUUAAUCAAGCGUUAAUUAGUCCAGAUACACCACGUGUGGCGAAAAAAUAUUGCCAAUUAUAUUUAAAUGGAAAUUGUUUUAGUUAUUUGGGUUUAAAAAGUUCGACAAAAUCCACUUAUUGUACGCUAAAUAAAACCCAGCCAUUUUAUGUACAAAGUUUUGGCACGCUAAGUAUGUACUCAGAAUGGAGGCAUUUAGAAUGUAAAUUAGAUUAUGUUCGAUUAGAUACGUACAAUUCAAGUCAGAUACGAAAAAAUUAUACGAUAGCACAAACGAAAAGGCCUGAUUUAACAAUUGUGGAUUCUAGUUAUAAGUCUGUUAUGGUUGAAACUUCACAAAAGAAAAUCGAAAGUACAAAUCGUGGAAAUACAUUGCCUGGCGGAUAUGAAUCAAAUGAAGAAUAUACUUAUAUACGUGGUAGAGGUAGAGGAAAAUAUGUUUGUGAUCAAUGUGGAAUUCGUUGCAAAAAGCCAUCAAUGUUGAAGAAACAUAUACGCACACAUUCGGAUGUUCGGCCAUACACAUGUCGACAGUGCAAUUUCAGUUUUAAAACAAAGGGUAAUUUAACGAAACAUAUGAAGAGUAAGGCACAUUAUAAACGAACCAGUUCUGUUUCAACAUCUGACGCAAAUGGUGAAACUCAAGCAUCUCAAUGUAGUAGUACACCUUCAGAUGAAGACAGUGAUAGCGAUGCAGAUAACGAAAACGAUAGUGAUGAUUCAACGAGAUUACAAGAUCAUGAAGCUGCACAUUGUUUACUUUCAUUAGCACAAAAUCGAUCUCCAGCCUCAUCUGAAACAGAGAAUAACAAAGAAAUGACCACAGAAAACAAUCUAACAAUAUCCUCAUCUUCUUCAACCAUUACAAGUACAACAACUGUAACAGCAAAAAUUACAAAUUCAUUAAAUAACAGUGAUGAUAAAACUGAUAAAAAUUCACCAAAUGUUUUUGAAAAUAUGUCAUCACGAAAACCAUUAACUUAUCCAUAUGUUAAAAUACAGGCAACAAAAUCGGUACCAAGCACACUUGAAACAAAAACUGAAAUAUUAAAAGCAGAUAUGUGUUCAAAUUUUAAUAAUGUGAUAUUAGGAGCAAAAAAUAUAGAAUUAUUUAGUCAAAAUUUAGAUAUAAGACAAGAAACACCAUUUUCACCAGCAAAAGUUUUAACACCAACUAAAAUACAAUAUAUUGCUGAUAAAUUACCAAAUGCAGACGUAACAAUUGCAAAUUACCAACAAAAAUUUGUAAAAUAUGAACAAGAACGUGCUGCGGCUGCACUAAGUAAAAUUACAAAUAAUCAAACUGUUGAUUAUUUAUCGAGUAAACGAUUCGUUGAAAGAAUUGAGGACAAUACAAAACGAAAAAGUAUAGUUGGAGCUACUCCACCUCCUCCAGUGGCUCCUCCGGUGGUUAUUGAUAUUGAUAAACGUAAUAAAAUACAUUCAAUUGAUUUAACGAAUAAUUUUAAUCGUAAACGAAAAAUAUCGUACACCGAAUCAUCGGAAUCGAGACCGGUUUAUUCAAAUUUUGAGGUAGCUACACCAGUUGUUAGUAAUAAAGCAUACAACAGUCAACCUCCACGUGGAAUGGAUUUAACUGUAAAUCGAGACUAUGUAGAGAAUCGUAAUGCUUCUGCAAGAAUUCCUACCGAAUCCACAGCAUUAGAUUUGACUACAAAGGUUGAUUUAGUUCCUAAAAAUGAAAUAAAAACUAUUAAUAAAUUAGAAAACGAUAUUAAAAUGUCGUUAAAGCGAAAAGUUUUAAAUUAUAAAUUUGAUAAAGAAGAAAAUCCGACAAAUAUUUUAAAAGAACCAAAUGAGAAAAUUAUUAAAUUACAUGAAAAUUUGUCUGAAAAUACAAAUUCAAAUGAAUCAGAGAAAAAUGUUAAUAUAAUUCCAUCAACCGAAAAUGAUACAUCAGCAAUGCAAACAUUAGCAGAUAUUGCAAUCAAACGAAAUGUAUCAACGGAAAAAACAAAAUUAGCACAAAGUGUUGCUACCGAAUAUUUAAAGUUAGCAACGAAAAGUGAAAUACCGACGGGUGUUAUUGUUGAACAAUCAUCACCAGCGUGUAAUGGUACGACAGAUAAUGCGAUUUCGGAUUUAAUUGUUAAUUCUGAAGAAAAUAAAAGUUGUACAAUUUGUGCAAAAAAUUUCAGCAAACCUUCACAAUUACGGCUUCAUAUGAAUAUCCAUUAUAUCGAGAGACCAUUUCGCUGUGAAUCCUGUUCUGUAAGUUUCCGAUCAAAAGGACAUUUGCAGAAACAUGAAAGAAGUGCUAGUCAUCAUAAUAAGUUAUCCUCGUCGCCAACAACCAGUUCAUCAGAACCUCGUCCAUUUAAAUGUUCCGAUUGUAAUAUUGCGUUUCGAAUUCAUGGUCAUUUGGCUAAACAUUUACGUAGCAAAAUGCAUAUAAUGCGUUUAGAAUGUUUGGCUCGUGUACCUUUUGGACUAUAUGCUGAACUGGAAAGGGCAAAUAGUCUAUUAACUGAGAUAAAUACAACAGACUGUGAUAUGUGCCUUGAAAGUUUGAAGAUUCUUGCAAGAAAAUUGUUUAGUAACGAUCCAAGCAAGUUAGUAAAAUUUGAACAUCAAUCAAGUAUGCCUCCCUCAAGUAAUCAAGAACAACAAAUAGCCAUAGGUAGCCCUUAAAUAUAUAACUACAUAAUAAUAUAUUUUUUACUUAAAAAUUACUCAUA